AUGGGCUCAGAGGACACCUCCAGAGACCCCUCCGAGAUGGAGGACGACUAUAUGGGCAAUAAAAAGAGUAUUUACGCAAGAGAAGAUGAUUAUAGAAGACAGAGGCUCAAGGCUAAGCUUUCACCAGAGCGGUUUGAUCCGUUUUCGGAUAAAACACCUGGUCCGGAAGUACGUACCUAUGCAGAUAUCAUGAAGGAAGCAGAGAUUGAAAGACAAAGAGCUGAAAUCAGUAGACAUAUAGCAAAACAUGGAAUGAGUGAAGAAGUUUCAGCAGUAGUUAGCAAGAGGAGAACCUCAAAGUUUUCCUCUGAGGAUAGGUGGUCCAGUGAUGAUGUCCCAGAGACUCCUACGCCACUAAAUGGAGCUACCCCUGGUUAUGGAGAGACACCAAUGUAUGGUGAAACGCCUGGACCAGAAAAGAAGAGAAUGUCCAGAUGGGACAAGACGCCUCAAAUGGAGGCAAUGACUCCAGGAGCUACUCCAAUGGGUCUUGAAGGCCUCACUAGGAUGGAUGAACCAGAGAUUAAAAAGAGGGAUGAAAAUGAGGAAAAGGAACGAUUUUGUAACUACAAAAUUUAUAAACAUAAACUUCCGGAAGGUGGUGAGUGGUCACCAACUACUUACGAACUAAAGGCUAUAAAUCAUGGGAAUAAUAAGCAAGGGGGAUUUAGUCAGGUUGGAUUUAAAGAUCAUAAGACAGUGGAAGUGCUAUACUGGUUAAGUGAUAAACACAAUUCAUUUCCACUGAUAAUUGGUCUAGGUACAUCAAAUUUAACCUAUUAUAAGCGAAAAAAUGACACUAGUAACAGAUGGGAAAGUGUUGAAAGGGUUGUAUAUCCAGCUACUUUAUCAGACUAUGAGAGAGUGCUAGGUGAACUCAAUGAGAAGUUCAAAAAUCUGGUAAUCAUACAACUUCAAGCAGAAGCUGAUAAAGGUUACUGUGGUCAUCCUUCUGUUAAACAAGGAGAGCCCCCUCCAAAGGAUUGUGGUUCGGAGUCAGUGAACAUUCCUACUGUGCAGGUGACAUGCUCUGAUUAUAAUAAAGGCUUUGAUAAGUAUACCCAUACAUUUGGCCCUGGUUCUCCAAUGAGAGUUCUCUCAGCUGUAUACGGCAGCAAUGUAUAUUCAUUGGGGAAAAGGGAUAUUUCUAAACAAUAUCAGGAGGUUAAUGUAUAUUACUCUUCAACUGACAGAGAUAGGAUUAAACCAUUAGUCAUAGGACUAGUGCCCUUUAGUGGAGUGCAAUACGAGUAUUACACAUUUGAAAAUACGUUAAACAGAGCAAAUGGCAUAACCAAGACUAAUAUCACUAGUCAUCUAGAUAAACAAAACUGUACACAAAACAAUAUUGUUGUAGCAAAUCUAUCCAAUAGGGGUAGAUAUUGCUGUGGAAUGAAUGGGCAUAAUAAGAUUCAAGUCUUCCCGAACGCUAACCACGUUCCUGCCGGAUAUGCUUCAUAUAUACACCUUCCAAAUGGUGCUACUUUUAAUGUUCACAGGUUUACAGACGGAAGUAAUACUCACACUUUUCCAAACCUUUCUGGACGAAUUACCGGGAUUUAUGCCUACUUCUGUGGUAAUGACCUCAGCAAGCCACUAUUGCUAUAUGUGAACCAAGGAUCAGGAAGUUCAUGGUUGAGAACUGUUGGAAGAAGUGACACUUGGGUAGACACUGGUCUGAGUUCCCUAAAAAGCCACGCACCAAGUUCUUCUGGCAUAACAGAUUCCAUUAAGCAAGAGCUUAACAAAAUUUGCAAGGAACUUCGAAUUGUUGGAUGUCCACAUGCAAGUGAUACUUCUACUACUGCUGGACAUGGAUCCCCUUCAGGUGGCAGAGGCUCGGGUGGUUCUAGCGGUUCUAGAGGUGGUAGUAGAAGAGGUGGGCCUUCUGGAGCUCAAGGACCUAAAGCUGAUGAAGAUGGUGAAAAAGAAACUACUAAAAAACAAGAACUUGUUGAUCAACCUGAAGGUGGUCAAGAAGAAUCUGGUAGUAGACAAGAUGGUGUUGGUCCACCUGGUGAAAAAGGUGAUAGAGGACCUAAGGGACCUGAUGGUACUCCUGGUCAAAAGGGUGAAGAUGGUGGAGGUGGUGAAAAUAAUGAAGAUGGUGAUGAAGUAGAAGAGGAAGAUACUGCUGGUAUUGGACCAAGCUCUGCUAGUCAACAGGACAUUGGUAAGAAGAUAGCCGAGUUUUUUAAAACUCACGCCGCUGAAAUUGGUGGUGGAGCACUAGGAGGCUUUGUUGCACUAGGAACUGUUGUUGGUUUAGUAAAGAAGUUUUGGGGUUAUGGUAUAUCAACUCCGCUAACUCCUCAAAUUACUAUCCCGGAAUCUAUGCUCAAGUUCAAGAUUCAGAUGGGUGUAGGUGACAGAAACAGAUACAUGACAGAUGACGAAUUAGAUGAGCUACUUCCGGUUGAGGGAUACGAAAUUGUACAGCCACCUCCAGAUUACACACCAUAUAGGAGAGCUACAAGUGCAUUUGCUCCUGCUGCUACACCAGUUUUUACGAUCCAAGAAGAUGCUAGAAAACCUUAUGAUAUUCCAGGAACACCAUCCUUGCUACAAGAUGUAGAAAUUAAGGCAGAAGAUCAACACUUUUUCGGAAAACUAUUCGAUGAUGCCACUGAGGAAGAUUUAACGGCCGACGAAAUUACAAAUCGCAGAAUCCUUGCCCUGUUGCUAAAGGUUAAAAAUGGAACUCCGCAAUUGAGGAGGCAGGCUUUACGUCUUUUAACAAGCAAAGCGCGGGACUUUGGUGCCAAGGCACUGUUUGAAGCUAUAUUGCCCCUUAUGAUGUCGAGUUCUCUGGAAGACCAGGAAAGACAUUUGAUGGUGAAAGUCAUUGACAGAAUUCUGUACAAACUUGAAGACUCCGUGCGUCCACACGUCCGUAACAUUUUAACGGUUAUAGAGCCUCUGUUGAUCGAUGAGGACUACUACGCGCGUGUUGAGGGGCGUGAAAUUAUUUCCAAUCUCACAAAAGCGGCGGGUCUUGCCACUAUGAUUGGUACUCUCAGACCUGAUAUUGAUCAUGCCGAUGAAUAUGUAAGGAAUACAACUGCAAGAGCCUUUGCGGUCGUUGCAAGUGCAGUGGGUAUCCCAUCUCUAAUUCUAUUUUUAAAGGCUGUUUGCCAAUCUAAAAAGAGCUGGCAAGCGCGUCACACGGGUAUUAAAAUUGUCCAGCAGACUGCAAUUUUGGUCGGAUGUGCAGUACUUCCACAUUUGAGGCAAUUGGUAGAAAUCAUUGCACAUGGUCUCCAGGAUGAACAACAAAAGGUUAGAACAAUUACGGCACUUGCAUUGGCAGCGUUGGCUGAGGCUAGUGCUCCUUACGGUAUUGAAGCAUUUGAUUGUGUACUUAGACCUCUAUGGAAGGGUAUCACAGAGCACAAGGGAAAGGGUCUUGCCGCUUUCCUAAAGGCCAUUGGAAUGAUUAUCCCACUAAUGGACCCGUACUAUGCCAAUUAUUAUACUAGAGAAGUUAUGCUCAUUUUGGUAAAUGAAUUCUCCACCCCGGAUGAAGAAAUGAAAGCAAUUGUUCUAAAGGUCGUUAGACAGUGUGUAGCUACUGAAGGUGUCACUCCAGAUUAUAUCAAGAGUGAUAUUUUAGGCCCAUUUUUCCAAAAGUUUUGGAUUGUUAGGAAUUCUCUAGAUACAAAAAAUUCCGAACUCUUGGUUGAGACAACUGUUGAAAUUGCGAGUAAAGUUGGCGCUUCUGAAGUUUUAAAUCGACUUGUAGAAGACCUAAAGGAUCCUUCCGAGCCAUUUAGAAGAAUGGUUGCACAAGCUAUUGAGGCUGUGCUUAUACAGGCUAUUAGACCCACAGACGAACGUGAAGGUUCCAAUACUGCGAUCCUGGAAAUUGAACAAAGGCUAGAGGAAAUGCUCGUUGAUGGUAUGUUAUAUGCUUUCCAGGAACAGGCUAGUGACGAUUCUGGUGCCCUUUUGGAUUCAUUUGGUACCCUUGUGCAUGUUUUAGGACUAAGAGUACGUCCAUAUCUACCACAAAUAACUGGACUUGUAAGGUGGAGAUUGGGUACCCAAUCCGCUAGAACUCGCCAACAGGCAGCUGAUUUAAUCGCAAAAAUUGCAGGUGUUAUGAAAUUGUGUGGAGAAGAACAAAUGCUUGGACAUCUUGGCCUUUACCUUUACGAAUACCUUGGUGAAGAGUAUCCGGAGGUCUUGGGAAGCAUUUUGGGUGCUCUAAAGGCAAUUGUGAGUGUGGUUGGAAUGACACAAAUGACUCCUCCAAUAAAGGACUUGCUUCCAAGGUUAACUCCGAUUUUAAAGAACAGACAUGAGAAGGUCCAGGAAAACGUGAUUGAGUUGAUUGGUAGAAUUGCUGAUAGGGGAGGUGAUUUGGUAUCUCCCAAGGAGUGGGAUCGCAUUUGUUUUGAUCUUUUAGAUCUUUUAAAGGCUAACAAAAAGAGCAUUAGAAGGGCCACAGUCAACACUUUUGGUUACAUUGCAAGAACGAUUGGACCUCACGAUGUCCUGUCUACCCUUUUGAAUCAUCUAAAGGUACAAGAACGUCAGUUGCGUAUUUGUACAACAAUUGCUAUUGCCAUUGUAGCUGAAACGUGUCUUCCCUACUCUGUUCUUCCAGCCAUGAUGAAUGAGUACAGGGUUCCGGAUCAGAAUGUGCAAACUGGUAUUCUCAAGGCUCUGUGUUUUAUGUUUGAGUACAUUGGUGAGAUGGCAAAGGAUUACAUUUACGCCAUCACUCCACUGCUGGAAGAUGCCCUCAUGUGUAGGGAUUUAGUACAUCGACAAACCGCUGCAUGGACCUGCAAACAUUUGGCUUUGGGAGUCUUUGGACUAAACUGCGAGGACGCUCUCAUUCACCUUUUAAAUUACGUUUGGCCAAACGUGUUCGAGACUUCACCACAUUUGACUCAAUCCGUCUUUGAUGCCAUUGACGGUUUCAGGGUUUCCCUCGGACCUGCAAUACUUUUUAACUACACCGUACAGGGACUCUUUCAUCCUGCUCGCAAGGUGAGAGAGGCUUACUGGAGAGUGUACAAUAAUCUGUACAUUGGCCAUCAAGACGCAAUGGUCCCGCUAUAUCCACUCAUCAAGGAGGGAGUUGAACAAAGGCACCAAGCAGAGGAGCUGCUUUAUAUGCUCUAG